UGGUUUGGCUCAGUCUGAGUUUCUCCAGACUGUAGUCAUGGAAUCAGACAUUUAUUUAUGGCCCGCAGCGACUCUUUCAGUCUGAUCACCUCGGGACUCAUCGGACUGUUGAUCGGAUGACAGAUUUAAUGAUGUUUUCCCCUGAUGUUUCAUAUUCACUGCUGUUAUUGGGAAUAUCGUGUCUGGCUGUGUUCACCAAGAGUUCUCAGGAGUUCUCAGGUUAUCUGUCCCGUGUGCUGAGGAAUUAUACUGAACAGGCGUGUGACGGAGACUUCCUGACUCUUCAGUGUCCGCCCAGAACGUCGGUCACGGUUCAAUCCGCAUUCUACGGCAGAGGAGACUCCGCCCACUCACCGCAGUGCCCGUCCACUUAUAGCAGCGCUGGGACACAUUUAGUGAAUGACAUCACUUCCUGUCAUGUGUCAACAUCUCUGCAGAAGAUGCUGGAUGAAUGUGAAGACAGAAGAAGCUGUCAGGUUCUUGUCAACAGUCGUUUGUUCGGGACGGAUCCGUGUCCAGCCGUCAGCAAAUACCUCAGCGUGCAGUACAAGUGCCGACCGAACGAGUAUAAGAGUAAAGUUGUGUGUGAUGGUGAGCGUUUGAGGUUGGGCUGUAAGACCGGGAUGCAAAUCGCCGUUUACUCCGCCAUGUUCGGCCGCACGCAGCGCGGCACACUAGAAUGUCCUCCACACCACAUGAGGGCGCCAUCUGUAGACUGCUCUUCAGACGUUGCUCUGCAGGUGAUGACAUCACGUUGCCAGGGGAAACGCACCUGUGUGGUCCGGGCCUCAACGCAAGAGUUUGGAGACCCCUGUUACCGUGGCACCCGCAAAUACCUCAGUGUGAUCCACACCUGUGUCCCAAAGAAACUCCUGCAGGAAUCCAUUUCCAGGCAUCCGUCGUUCCCCUCCCCCCCAUCUAUGCCUCAUGACCCCAAUGUGGUGGGAGACAGUGCCCCUCCUGACGGGACCCCGCCUCUGACCUCUGACACAGCACCAGGGAAGUCGACACGAGGCCGGACCUCCGGACCAUAUUCAGAAGAGACGGAUCUGUCCGCAAAAGGAAAUAAAGAAAGUGAACCGAUCCCGACCAUCUCCACGAUGACCCGACCGGUCAUGAAUCUCAUCAGCAGCAUGCUGUCAGCUUACACCUACAUCACAGGACACCCGGAGCGUUGUGCACUGUAUUUCAUGUGCGGCGUGUGCGUUGGACUCUUCGUGACACUCUUCGCGCUGGUGGUCCAAAUCUCCUGCCGUACGGACUUUAAACCGCGUCACGCAGUCGGCAAGAAACGCCCGAGACCCGCGAACUCCGACAGCGACACUCUGGACUCUGAUUCCGACUGGGACACGCGCUCUGACCUCUCGGCCCGCCGGCAACGGCGCUUCGAGCGCACGCUCAAUACGAACGUCUUCGCGUCAGCCGAGGAGCUUGAGCGAGCACAGCGAUUGGAGGAGAGAGAGCGAAUCAUACGAGAAAUAUGGAUGAACGGACAGCCGGAUGUCCCCGGGACUCGCAGCCUGAAUCGCUACUAUUAAAGCGCUGCAUGUGGUUGGGAGAUGUGGUUUUCGGUCAGCUGGAAGCAGCUAAUGCGUGACAUGGUGGAAAUAAGCUCUUCUUUACAGCAUGCUUUAUCCGUGUGCUGGGGUGAAAGGUCAAGUGCACCUGACCCUUGGAUUGAUGCUGAAGCUGAGGCUCAUGGGAGAUCCAUUUAAAGACUCUAGGAGUCUGUAGGCAGCUCUGAAAGGCGUGAUAAGCUUUAAGCACUGUGAUUGGUUCUUCACUUCGCCUGUCAAACAGUGAAGACCGGCUUCUGUAGAGAGAGACGCUGUACAUUUACACUUUUAAAAAUAUAAUGAAUUACGUGCCUUACACAAACUAUACAGUGGCCCCCAAAAAUGUAAACGGAUACUUGGAGUAUAUUUGUAUAUUUUAGGCCACCGUGUGUGUAUAAUAUAUAGAUAUAUCAGGGUUGAGCAAUUCAGAAUGGGAGAUUUAUUUCCGUUUAACUUCCUGAGUUGACACUAGAAUUAAAUUGUUUUGCGGUUAAAAUCAGGUUAAAUUUUUUUAAUUUAAUACACAUUAAAUCAAAACUCAGUUAUCAUUUCAGUUCGGAAUUAUCCUACAACCCUGAUAUUGUCGUGUUCACUCAGUUUAUGUGUUCACAGGGCCCGUAUUCAGGAAAAUGUUCUUAAGGCAAAAUAUUAAGAAUCAUUUUCUUCUUAAGGAUAUUUUGAGAAUCAGGCCCCGGGACUCUUAUUUUGGCAUUUGUAUUGCACGCUUGAUGUUUUUGAUUUCAUUGUUCCUGUGUUUGAUUUGUUUGUCUGUUCAUCAUUUGUUGAUCCGUAACCAUAGAAACAAAUGAUAAGAGAUAAACAAUGAGAACACAGACACAGAAACCAAAUAUUAAUAUCAAAAUAAGAGUUUUGGUGAACGCAUAAACGUGACAGAUAUAUAAACCUUUUUCAUUUUGAGAUAUAUAUAUAUAUAUACACACCCAAAAGUGUGGUAAAAUCAUCUCAUCCUUUGUAAAAUAUAUUUUGAUAUUUAAACAUUCUGUUGUUGAUGUUUCUAUUUUUGAAUAAGAUAUUUUAUACUGUGGCAAAGCUUGCCUGAUUGCUCAGGGACGCAAUCCAAGUGUUUUUUCUGUUAAAGCUUCUGUUCCUAAAAUAGGAUGAAAGCCCUUCAAGUGUUCCUGCAUAGAUGCAGCUGUAACCUCAAAGAGGUGAUUUAUAACCCAUAAUGCACAGCAGUGUCGUGCCUUAAACUCAGAAGAUGAAAUCUGCCAACACAAGCAGUGGUGAAUGAUGUUUAUAGAUUGAUCGCUCUAUGCACGUGAAAGGCUUUCUGUUUGUUACGACCGGUUAAUGUGUUACAGACAUUUUUGUUACAUGAUGGAUCAGAAUCCAAUGAAUAUUCAUUGAAAUGACCCCGAGCAUCUGUCUGUGCACUCUUAAACACACCGGUGUUCUUCAGAACCUUACACAAAUAAUCCAUAAACAACUAAGAGCUCUUUAGGGCAGAUACAGCCUAAGAUUUCUUUAAGAUUUUUGUAUUGUGUCAAAUAUGCAAUGGGUAUUGGAACAUUUAUUUUUAAGAGUGCGUUAUUUUUAUAUGUUUUAUAUAUUUUGUUUUAUUUCUUCAAAAUACGCCCAGAAAAAUACAUGAAGUGACCCAAAUGUUUGUUUGUAUGAUUUUGAGGAUUGUUUUGUACCGAUUGUUUAAUAACACAAAACAGAAUGUUUAUGUUUACUGCUGCUUCAGUAAUAUUUCAGCAAGAUCAACUUAAGAGAAAUAUAGCUCAUGUAUACAGCAGGAUAUUUGGGAGUUUUUUAUAGGGAAACGUCCACCACUGCCUUAAUCUGAGACUGACUGUUGUUGUGCGUUGAUUGAAUAAAGUGCAUUGAGAAGAGUGAACGUGUAGCGCCA